ACCCAACACAAACAUGAAAUCUAUUGUUCUUUUCGCCCUUGUAGCGGUGGCCGUGGCAGCCCCUCAGGACCAAGCCGCUCAGAUCCUUAAGCAGGACAGUCAGAUCAACCCUGAUGGUUCGUACCAGUGGGAAUUCGAGACUUCCAACGGCAUCGCGGCCAAUGAACGCGGUGCUCUUAAGAACAUUGGCGCCGAAGAGCCUGCUCUUGAAGUGCAGGGGCAGUCCUCCUACACUAGCAUCGAUGGCGUCCCCGUGCAGCUGUCGUACAUCGCUAACGAGAAUGGCUUCCAGCCACAGGGAGCUCACCUGCCCACCCCGCCGCCAGUCCCUGAGGCUAUCCAACGCGCCCUCGCCUAUCUCGCCACGGCUCCACCUCAGCCUCAAAACUAAUUGAGAACUGAUUAGUUAGGUUAUCAAAGGCCUUGAAGAACAAU